UGCUGGGAUACAUGCAUGUUUACAGCCAGGAGCUACUAGAUUAACACAUUCUUCCUGCUGGAACUCCUCUCUUGACCCAGUGCUGGGAUUUAUUGAGAAACAUUGAUUAUAGGAGUUGAGGAAUUGUUGGUUUCAAUAACAAGGCUGCAGUUGUCUCCACUUGUCAGAAUGAGGUCCCUGGCCCUCGGCCUCUUCUGCCUGUUGUGCUGUAACGCAGUCCGACUGGACAGACGGCGUCCCAGACCCAUCAUGGCCAGAGGGCGAAAUGAGACUACCUCCCAAACCAAAGCAGUGGAGAACACUUGCAAAGCCAUCCCGCUGGAUUUCGUCUUUGUCAUCGACAGCUCCCGAAGCAUCCGCCCCCACGACUACGAGAAGGUCAAGACCUUCAUCAUCAAUCUGCUUCAGUUCCUCAAGAUCGGCCAUGAUGCCACUCGGGUCGGUCUGCUCCAGUAUGGCAGUGUCGUUCAGCCCGAGUUCUCCCUCAACACCUACACCACCAAAGCUGAGGUGGAGCAGGCGGUGAAGAACAUGAAGCACCUCGCCACAGGAACAAUGACUGGUCUGGCCAUCGAGUACACCAUGGAGACAUCCUUCACUGAGGAAGAUGGAGCACGACCAGCUAACCUGCACAUCCCACGAAUAGCUAUGAUUGUGACUGAUGGUCGGCCUCAGGAUACGGUGGAGGAGAUUGCAGCUCAGGCGAGGCAGGCCGGCAUCCAGAUCUUUGCUAUUGGAGUGGGCAGGGUGGAUAUGGACACUCUGAAGACCAUAGGGAGUGAGCCACACUCUGAGCAUGUGCACCUGGUGGCCAAUUUUAGCCAGAUCGAAACCCUCAUCUCUGUGUUUCAGUCCAAACUGUGUGGAGGUUCAGAGAUGUGUGAGGUGGUGGACCAUCAGUGCCAGCACAUCUGUGUGAGCAGCCCAGCGUCGUACAGGUGCAAGUGCAGGAAAGGCUUCACCCUUAACCCAGAUGGCAAGACAUGUAAAGCUGAGGAUAUGUGUGCUGUGGUGGAUCAUGGCUGCGACCACAUCUGUGCCAACAUACCCGAUGGCUAUGAGUGCCGCUGCCGUCCAGGAUAUGAGCUCAACAUAGACCUGAAGACGUGCAACAAAAUAGACUACUGUGACCUGGGGAACCAUGGCUGUGAGCAUGACUGUGUCAGCAUCCCAGAGUCCUACAUCUGCAGGUGUAAGAAGGGCUACGUGCUCAAUCUGGAUGGCAAGACCUGCAGCAAGAUAGAUCACUGUGCUGAUGGCACCCACGGGUGUGAACAAGAGUUUAUGAACACAGACGACUCCUGUGUGUGUAAAUGCAGAGAAGGCUUUACACUCAGGCCUGAUGGGAAAACAUGCAAGAAGAUAGAUCCCUGCGCUGAUGGCACCCACGGGUGUGAACAGGAGUUUAUGAAUACAGAAGAUGCCUGUGUGUGUAAAUGCAGGAAAGGCUACACACUCAGGCCUGAUGGGAAAAAAUGCAAGAAGACAGACCAUUGUGCUGAAGGGAAACACGGCUGUGAACAGGAGUUUAUGAACACAGAAGACUCCUGCGUGUGUAAAUGCAGAAAUGGAUUCACACUCCGACCUGAUGGAAGAACAUGUCAAAGUCUGGACCUCUGUCAGACUGUGGACCAUGGCUGUGAACACCAGUGUGUGAGCACCACUGACUCCUACAUCUGCAAAUGUUUUGAAGGAUUUAUGUUGGCUGAAGAUGGGAAGAGCUGCAAAAAGCCAGAGUGUGGCGAUGGAGUCAUGGAUCUGGUUUUUGUAAUCGAUGGCUCUAAGAGUCUGGGCCCUGCCAACUUUGAGCUGGUCAAGCAGUUUGUAAACGGCAUUGUGGACUCGCUGGACAUUUCCAGGCCGGGCUCACAUGUUGGCCUCCUUCAGUACUCCACCAAGGUGCGCACAGAGUUCACCCUGGGCCAGUACACCACAGCGCAGGCCAUCAAGCAGGCUGUGUCCCGGAUGCAGUACAUGGGGAGAGGCUCCAUGACUGGCUCAGCCUUACGUCACAUGUUUGAGUUCAGCUUUUCAGUUAAAGAAGGAGCCAGGCCGAACAUCCCACGUGUCAGCAUUGUGUUUACUGAUGGAAGAUCGCAGGAUGAUGUGUCUGAAUGGGCUAAUAAAGCAAAGAACUCUGGGGUCACAAUAUAUGCUUUGGGUGUUGGCAAAGCCAUUGAACAGGAGCUGAGAGAAAUAGCUUCAGAACCUGAUGAGAAGCACCUUUAUUACGCCGAAGAUUUUGAGAACAUGGGAGAAAUAACAAAGAAGCUCAAGUCCAGGAUAUGUAAAGAGAAACCAUCUGAUGAAAACAUGUGCCAGUGUGAGAAUGUGAUCAUGUUUCAAAACCAGGUCACUGAGAAGCUGAAGGACCUGGUGCAGAAUAUUGAAGCCAUGUCGAAGAAGCUGGAGACGCUCGAAAAUCAGCUUGUGCGCAAAUGAAAGGCAGAGACUCGCCUUUCCUGAAGUUUAGCAUUCACAGGAUCCCUUUAAUCCUGCUCUACGAGCUACACUGACACAUAUGCAAAUACAAUCUACUGCUAUUUAUACACAUGUAUUUUUGUCUGUAAUGUUCUUUGUUAUGUAAUGCCAAAUCAAAGUAAUAACACUUUGUACAGUAAACAGACGAAUAAAUAUUUUACACUUCA